AUGGUCGCGCAUCUGAGAGUAGUUCACAAGAUGGACCUCGCACAGGCCAAGGAACUGAUCGACCGCGAGGGCCGCACGGAGACCGUUGCUCCUGGCCCGAAGGUCUUGGGCCCCAAGCCGGGUGGUAUCAACAAUGACAACAGCAACAAGAAGAGACGGGGUAAUCAGCAGGCCUCCAUCACGGCCCCGGGCAAGGAGAAUGACGACUCUCUAGCAGCUGCUGCCUCGGGCGGCGUCCAAGGACGGGUCACAGGUGCUGGCGAGCACAAGGUGAAGAAGCCCCGGGUCAAGAAGAGCUAG